AUGGCGCUGGUAACUAAAGCUGAUGUUCGGCUUCACUUGCUAUGCAUAUUCUUUGCGAUCGGCUCAUUUGUCUGGGGCUAUAAUGUCGGUAUCCUCUCGUCCGUUCUGGUUCAUCCAGGGUUUCUCAAGGCUAUGGGUUACCUUACGCCGUCACGAAAGGGAGUAAUCACAGCUAUCUAUUACUUAGGAACAUGCUACAUUUUCAUCUCGCACCCAGUCAGCGACCUCUUCGGGAGGCGGUACGCAGCUAUGGCAGGAAUAUUAACAGUCGCCGUCGGCAACGCUUUCGAAUCUGGUGCGACCGGCCCGGGCGCGUACGUUAUGAUGAUUGCUGGCCGAAUUAUAUCCGGUAUAGGGGUGGGCAUGUUAUCAACUUCAGUGCCCUUGUAUCAAAGCGAGGUUGCACCGGCCGGAAAACGUGGAAAAUACGUUGUGCUGAAUCAUGUUGGCUUCGUUGCCGGGUUAGCUUCUGGUUUCUGGGUUGGAUAUGGAGUGACUUUCUGGAAUAAAACCGAGUACGGUAUAUAUGUAUCAUGGCGUGUUUCUCUCGCUGUUAUACAGCUCCCAUGUGUCAUUUUCGCAGUUGGGCUCCCGUUCCUCCCUGAGACCCCACGGUGGCUUAUUGAGCAUGGGCACUACAAUAGGGCUCAAAGGUCGCUGCACUGGCUCCGCGAAGGCAGCUUCACGGAAGUCGAGAUAGACUCCGAGUUGACGCGCAUCCGGGAGGACGUGGAAGCACACCGGGCCUCGGGAGAAGCGACCUGGCUCUCUUUAUUUCGAGACCGCAACCUGUUCGAACGGCUAUGGCGCGCGUCGUUGCUCCAGUUCAUGGCCCAGAUGUGCGGCGCUACCGCCAUGAAAUAUUACCUUCCGACCCUGUUCGCCAAGCUCGGCCUUCCUACGCGCGUUACGCUGCUGGCCGGGGGUAUUGAGUCGACUCUUAAGAUCGGUAUGACGGUUAUCGAGAUGCUGCUCAUAGAUCGUCUAGGCCGGAGGGUGACAUUGACGGCGGGAUGCGUCGCAAUGGGUAUUGCCAUGUUGAUCAACGGAGCGCUGGGCCAGGUAUACCCGGAUAACACUAACAAAGCGGCCGAUGUAGUGUGUAUAGUCUUCAUCUUCAUCUAUGCCUUGGGCUAUAGCAUGGGGUUUGGUCCAGCAGCUUGGGUAUACGGCUCCGAGAUAUUCCCUACCUCCGUUCGCGCUCGUGGGCUGAACUUCUCGGCGUCGGGCGGAGCUAUCGGCUCUAUUGUCGUGGCUCAAGUUUGGCCCGUCGGCAUUGACACAAUUGGCUCCAAGAUUUAUUUCUUCUUUAUGGCAGUUAAUGUCGUCUGCAUUCCGAUCAUCAUUCUCUUCUACCCUGAGACAAAGGGUCGCCCAUUAGAGGACAUGGACUUGUUGUUUAAUAAAGCUAUUCGAGGAAUUAGCGAGGAGGCCGAAGAGGUAGACGAACAGUCCGAACCCGUUUUACCCAAGAAUGUUAGUCGCCCAUCACAAAGUUGACAAUUCCGAGGGUAGAGGUCAAUCUGUUCGUGACGGUAUAAUGAAUGGCCACUGUCUGGCUGGCUCCGUGGAAACUAAAUAUCUAGAGAAACCGGCAUUAUGACCGCAUGGCGUACAUUGAUUCUAGUUAUGUAGCUGCAAUUUGGCCUAAAGAAAGUUACCGACUCAAAAAUGUUUAAACUUCUGAAUUCAUCGACAUUUGAACCAAGCAUCGUCCCUUCAAUUGGAUCUUCGCUCUUUAAACCCGCGCUUUUCCAGGGACCAAGGAACCAAUAACUGAAACAAAUACCUAGGAGGUAUAUAUACAAAGUCCCCGUGCCACUGGUAUCUACCAAGAACGCCCUCCCAAUGCUACUCACUAAUAACCGUUCCUGACCAUAAUACAAAGAGUGUUUAAAUCAUCGUUGAAGCGUCUCAUUCUAAUCCCAUUUGAGCCUCAUCCCCGAUACCCCAUUGGCCCUGGUC